AAAGGAGAGAGAAUUAUUUUUUAACAAAAUUAAUAGAGGAAUAUAUUCUCUUGAUUGAACUAAAAUCCAAGAAUAUUUUGAAUUUAGCUAAUUAAUAUCUGAUGCAAAUCCGCAUUUAGAGAGAGCUAAGAAAGAAGUGAAGUAUAGAAAGAUGGAAGAAGGAAAAGGAACCGUUUGUGUGACAGGAGGUACCGGAUACAUAGCUUCAUGGCUGAUCAAGAAGCUCCUUGAGGAGGGUUACUCUGUCCAUACCACCAUUAGAGUUGACCCAGAAAACAAAAAAGACAUUAGCUUCCUCACCAGCCUGCCAAGAGCAACCGAAAGGCUCAAAAUCUUUGCAGCUGAUCUUAGUGAUCCGGACAGUUUCGACGCAGCCAUUGAAGGAUGCCAGGGAGUCCUCCACCUUGCCACUCCAGUCGAUUUUGAGAACAAAGAGUCUGAGGAAAUGUUAACCAAACGGUCGAUCAAUGGAGCAUUUGGCAUCAUGAAGGCAUGCUUAAAAUCAAAAACAGUGAAGAGACUUGUUUACACUUCUAGCUUAUCCGCCGUUGUGUUUAACGACAAAGGUGUGGAGAUCAUGGAUGAGAGUUUUUGGACAGAUGCGGCUUUCGCUAGAGAUAAAUUAGAUCCGUCCUUAAGUUCCUAUGCGAUUUCGAAGACUUUGACAGAAAGGGCAGCUCUGGAAUUUGGAGCAGAGCAUGGAUUGGAUGUGGUGACAGUGAUUCCUCCUUUUGUUGUUGGUCCUUUCAUCUGUCCCAAGUUCCCUGGUACAGUGCGCUUAUCAUUGGCUCCGGUCUUAGGGAGUAGGGAUGAGUAUAGUCUUCUUCUCAAUAUAGCUAUGGUACAUGUUGAUGAUUUGUCAAGGGCAUUUAUCUUCCUGCUCGAGCAUCCUGAGGCAAAAGGGAGAUACAAUUGUUCCUCGGACACGGUAACUAUUCAAAAGAUAGUUGAAAUUCUUUCUGCUAAUUACCCAGAAUUCACACUUCCAACAGCAGAUUCCCUAGCAGAAAUUGAAGGUACUAAAAUGCCUAGUUUGUCAUCAAAGAAACUCCUGGAUUCGGGUUUCAAAUUUAACUAUGGGGUUGUGGAUAUGUUUGAUGGAGCUAUCAAGUGCUGCAAGGAAAAAGGCUUUCUCUAUUGUUUCCAAUUUGUUAGAUUGCGAGGACCAAGUGCCUCAGGAUAUGUAUUAUUCAAUCAGUUGAGGGAUGAAGAUGCACUUCAUAUAAGUGAUGAAAUUGUCUGGAAGGGUAACAGCAAUGGGAAGUUCACAAUUCGAUCCUUUUGUGAGCAGGCCAUGGACAAAAAAGACAAGCAAGAAGGAAUUUGGAGUCUGGUCUGGGUCAAUAUUGCGCCACAAAGAGUGGAGGCCUUCAUGCGGCAAAUGGUUCAAGGUAGGGUGGCUGUGAAAGGAGAGCUACUGAGGAGAGUAUUAAUUAGUUAUGAUUCUGCAGUAUGUAGCUUGUGCAAUGGAAGUGUCGAAACGGUUAAUCAUCUGUUUGUGACCUCUUUUAAGGUUUGGGAAGUUUGGACAAAAUGGUGCAGCUAUUGGAACUACGACUGGAUCACUCCCAAUAACAUUAAAGCUGCAUUGGAGGCAUGGAACAGAGCUGAUGUGAGAAAUAGUGACAUGAGAAUUUGGCGGAUGGGGUUCUUUGCGAUUCCUUGGACUAUUUGGUUAAGUAGAAAUGAAAUCACUUUUAAAGGAAAAAGCUGGGGCCCUGAGCAGAUUUUUGACUUGGUGGAACUAAGAGUUGCAAGUUGGGCUGCUGCUAAAUGGCCUGAUGAUCAUCCUAGUGUGCUGAGCUUAUUCUGUCUAACCCAAGGUGCAGGUCACGAAGAAGGACAGAAGGAAACCAAAACCACUGAAUGGAGGAAACAUAUAUUCUUGGUGGUUGAAAGUGACUCAGUGAAUGCGGUUAACUGGGCAAACCAGCCUCAAACGGCUCCAUGGAAAUUGAGAAGAUGGGUUCCACAGAUAGAGAAGCUAAAGACAGAGAGCACUUUGAAAGGAGAUAAGUCAAGGGUAAUGGAAGGAGAUAAAGGAACCGUGUGUGUGACUGGAGGUACUGGAUAUAUAGCUUCAUGGCUGAUCAAGAGGCUUCUUGAAGAGGGUUACUCUGUGCACGCCACUGUUAGAGCUGAUUCAGAAAGCAGAAGAGACAUCAGUUUCCUCACCAGUCUGCCAGGAGCAGCCGAAAAGCUCAAAAUCUUCAGUGCAGAUCUUAAUGAUCCGGACAGUUUCGAUGCAGCCAUUGAAGGAUGCAAGGGAGUCCUCCAUGUUGCCACUCCUGUCGAUUUCGAGAACAAAGAACCUGAGGAAGUAAUAACCGAAAGGGCAAUCAGUGGAGCGCUAGGCAUCGUGAAGGCAUGCUUAAAAUCAACAACUGUGAAGAGAGUUGUUUAUACUUCUAGUGCAUCCGCAGUUGUGUUCAACAACAAGGAUCUGGACAUGGUGGAUGAGAGUUUUUGGACCGAUGUGGAUUUUGUUAGAGAAAAAGUGGACCCGCACGCACGUUCUUACGUGAUUUCCAAGACUUUGACAGAAAGGGCGGCUCUUGAAUUUGCAGCAGAACAUGGACUGGAUCUCGUGACAGUGAUUCCUACUUUUGUUGUUGGUCCUUUCAUCUGCCCCAAGUUCCCUGGCUCAGUGCGCACGACAUUGGCCCUGCUCUUAGGGAACCAGCAUGAAUAUGCUACAAUUCUGAAUACAUCAAUGGUGCAUGUUGAUGAUGUGGCAUGGGCACAUAUUUUCCUGCUUGAGUAUCCUGAUGCAAAAGGGAGAUACAAUUGUUCUUCGGACAGAAUCAGUCUUCAGAAGAUGGCUGAAAUUCUUUCUGCCAAGUAUCCAGAGUUCCCAAUUCCAACAGCAGAUUCCUUAGCAGAAAUCCAAGGUAUGAAAGAACCUGGUUUGUCAUCAAAGAAACUCUUGGAUACAGGAUUCAAAUUUCAAUAUGGGGUUGAAGAAAUGCUUGAUGGAGCUAUUAAGUGUUGCAAGGAAAAAGGCUAUCUCUAG